AUCAAGAGAAAAGCUUUGUUAUACAUAUAUACGUAGUUCGGGUAUUGUACUACAUUUCUGAGCAAAGAUGUCGAACACGCCUCAAGUCCAGGGCAAGGGUGAGGAGUUGAUGCAAUCCACAAAGGAUACAGCCAAUGCAGCCCAAAACAGGACAGCUGAUGCAACUCAAUCAGCUAAAAACAUGACAUGUGAUGCUACUCAAUCAGCUAACGAGUCUGCCCAACAAGGGAAGGAACAAAGUGCCGGUUUCAUCCAGCAGAAAGGAGAACAGGUGAGGAACUUGGCUCAGGGCGCUGUGGGCAAUGUGAAGAACACACUUGGAAUGGGUGACAAGAAAUGAAAGAAAAACAGCUCUCUGUCUCUCAUUAUGAUGUCGUCCUGCAUUUAUGGAUUUAGUUUUUUCUAGGUUUUUGCUCUCUCCCAAUUCUGGGACAAGCAAAAUUGUAAUAAAGCCUACUGUGGCUUAGCAAUAAUGCAAAACAAACUGAUUUUGUUUCACCUUCUUCAAUAUCAUUCUCUAAAUGCAUAGCCAAUUGGCCUAUGCAAAACCAAUUUGUUCGAUCGGCAUAUCCAAAUGCUAUAUUAUUUCGUUCUAUUUUUAAUGUG